CUCUUUUUUUUUUAAUUAUUUCGUGUUAAAUAUAAAAAUGAAGAAAGUUGUCCAUAUUGUACUUGUCAAGUUUAAACCUGAAAUUACAAAAGAGGCUAAAGAGAAAACAAUUGAAGACGUUUUAGCUUUAAAGGAAACUAUUCCUCAAAUUACUAUUGCUAGUGCAGGAAAAAACUUUACAGAUAGAGGAAAGGGAUAUGAAUAUGGCUGGGUAGUUGAAUUGGAGAAAAAGGAGGAUCUUCCUGUUUAUGCCAAUCAUCAAUCUCAUUUGGACUUUUUAUCAAAAUAUAAGUCUACUUUUGAAGAUGUUCUCGCUUUUGAUUAUGAAUUUUAAUAAAUCAUUAUAUAUUUAGUAGUAGUAUAUAAAGGAAAGGAAAAAAGAUAUGAGAGA